AUGGGGAUCUCCGCCUCCAGCCUGCUGGACGACCACAGGUCCACCUUCAUCACAGGCCAGGCCGAGGCUGAGCUGAAGGACUUCAGUCCGUACUACAGGAAGCAGUUCUCCGUGGCCCGGUUGUCUCAGGUGGAAGAUGAGCUGGAGCAGCAGAAGGCGUCGACGACUCAGCUGCUCAGACAGAGGGAGGCUCCUGAGGCGGGAGAGGUUCUGUACGAGGAGGUGGUCCUUUUCUUCGACGACACCAGGAAGUGGAAGGAGCGGUACGUGGUGGUGAGAGCCAACUACUGCCUGGAGUGUCACGACAGCCUGGAGACGUUUGUCAAAGGAGUUCCUCCGCGACAAAUGCUGCUGCCCACAGGGGGCACUGUUCUGACCACAGAGGAGAAGUACAUGUCUAUGGUGGACAAGUGUUUUCCUGACAAGACCAACGUGAACGAGGACUUUGCUCCGCCCCUUUCUGGGAUGCCGGAUCAGUUUCCUGUUUACCUGCGUCUGCCGUACAGGAGAGACUCGUACUUCUGCUUCCGACAGCAGGUGAAGCAGGAAGCCUUCCUGUCCAUCCUGUCCGACUGCAUCAGACACCAGAACCAAGACUUCCUGAAGAAGAAGACGUGUGAGGUCCAGGCCUUCCUCAAAGCCAUCCAGCUCUACAGACAGGACAAGGGACGCUACGAGGCGUGGGACAUGCUGAUAGGAAGUGAUGUCAGGGUGAUGGCGAAUGUGGUGAUGGAGCAGCUGCUUCCGUCCCUGGAGAAAGACAUGCUGCCUGGUCUCAAAGCCAAGAAGACGGAGAAGAAGAGAGUUUGGUUCGCUACGGUGGAGGCGGCCUACGUCCUGGUCCAGGAGCAUCUUCUGGACGGGCUGACGGCGCUGAAGGAGGAGUGUCGGACGUCGGUGCGGCAGCAGGAAGUUCUGAUCCACUCCGACAUGGACCAGAUCCUCAGCUCCAGACGACAGCUGGGGGAGAAAGUCCAAGCCAAAGUGUCGGAGGCGGCGGAGAAGCUGUGCUCGGAGGCGGUGCAGCCGUACCUGGGCUCCGUGCUGGAGGAGCUGAUGGAGCCGAUCAGCUCCGGCUUCCAGGAGGGACGGCAGCUGAGCGAGAGCAUGAUGGACAAGUGUCAGGACUUCCUGCUGGGAGAAGACAAAGAGGAGCUGAAGAAGGUUCUCUUCGUCAUGUCGAGACCGAACCUGCUGAGCUGCUACCAGAAGAUCGGCUCGCUGCAGGAGAAGCUGCAGCACCUGCAGGACCGCUUCUCCUUCUCCAACAUCCCAGGAGUGAUCCACAGCGCCCAGAUCGACCUGCAGCUGCUGAUGGAGAACGCAGCCUUCACCUUCGAGCAGCUGCUGCACAAGGCCGUGCAGGACAACCCCGACAACGCCGUCCACGCCGGCUCCGCCCUGGAGAAGUCCAAACACCGAGUGCUGAAGCAAUACGACUACGACAGCAGCACAGUGAGGAAGAGGAUCUUCCAGGAGACGCUCGUCUCCAUCACGCUGCCCUUCAUCAAGAAGAGCCUGGCCCCCACCUGCAGGACUGAUCUUCAGGAUCUGGAACAGCUCGUCGACGCCGACCACUCCAGCUUCAUCCAUGUGGAGAACGUUUACGAGAGCAUCCUCCUCCAGACGCUGGACAAGGAGGUCACCAGAGUGGUGAAGGAGGCGGCGAGCCUGAAGAAAUACAACCUGUUCACCGAGAGCCGGGACCUGGUCAGCCGCUCCAGCCGCUCCAGCCUCUCCUCGCCGUCCAUCUCCACGCCCGGCAGCCCGGCCAUGUCGCUGGCCUCCCCCACCCGGACCAGCUUCGAGCCCCAGCCGGCUUCUCCUCUGGCGUCCAACGGCCUGUCCUCCAUCCCCCAGAGGGACGAGCAGGAGGACGCAGAGACAGACGGGCCGCAGAGCGCCGCCUUAACGGACGUGACGCCGAUGGAGACGCCUCUGGGCCAAGUCGCAGAGGAGAUGGUCCAGGCUGUGAAGACAGAAGCAGACGUCCCCGUCCAACCGGAGACGACAGCUUUAAAAGACACGGGCGCUCAGAAGGAAGCAGCUCCAGAGACUGUGAUCCCACAGGAAGUGAUUUCUGUCCAGACUCAGAAAGUGGAGACGGCUGCUGAGCCGACGAGCUCAGAUGAUCGAGAAGAAGCAGGAGCAGCUGCAGGAAGUUUAAAGACAGAUGUUGAAGAAGAAGCUGCUGAGACAGAAGCUGCUGAGACACCGGUCCCGUUAGAGGCGCCCCCUGGUGGGGAAGCAGCUGCAGACACACCUGGAGAUGUCAUCCUGGGCAUGAUGGGAAACGAAGCAGAACAAGUCACUUUCUCAGAAACCAACUCUCUGCACGUGUCGGUCGGCAGCGAGUCUCCGCCCUCAGAGGUGGAGUCUACCGAGGAGGUCAAAGCCACGCAGAGCAGCGGGGACGAGGGCUCCACCACCUCCGAUGUCCUGGAGGACGACCUCAGUCCCUCACCUGUGAGCUCCGAGGACGCCCCAGAGGCCACGAGCACCGGAACCCCCCGGAACCAGACGGAGGCAACAAAUGCUCCGACCUCUGAGUCUGUCCCAGAGAUGGUCCCUGUCCCAGAGAAGGUCCCUGUCCCAGAGAAGGUCCCUGUCCCAGAGAAGGUCCCUGGCCCAGAGAUGGUCCCUGUCGCUGAGGAGGUCCCUGUCCCAGAGAAGGUCCCUGUCCCAGAGAAGGUCCCUGUCCCAGAGAAGGUCCCUGUCCCAGAGGAGGUCCCUGUCCCAGAGAAGGUCCCUGUCCCAGAGAAGGUCCCUGUCCCAGAGAAGGUCCCUGUCCCAGAGAUGGUCCCUGUCCUAGAGAAGGCCCUUGUCCCAGAGAAGGUCCCUGGCCCAGAGAAAGUCCCUGGCCCAGAAGAGGUCCCUGUCCCAGAGGAGGUCGCUGAGAAGGUCCCUGUCCUAAAAAAGGUCCCUGUCCCAGAGGAGGUCCCUGUCGCUGAGAAGGUCCCUGGCCCAGAGGAGGUCCCUGUCCCAGAGAAGGUCCCUGUCCUAGAGAAGGUCCCUGUCCCAGAGGAGGUCCCUGUCCCAGAGGAGGUCCCGUCCAGCCCCGGAGCUCGACCGCUGGACUGCAUCAAGGACAUCCGGGACCUGGUGGUGGAGGUGAUCGACGUGGAGGAGCUGGUGCAGCUUUACCCCAGCGGGAUUCCAAAAGAAGACUAGAAGACCUGGACCCGUCCCGGCCGCCUCAGAGGACGUGGGAAGCUCCAGCAGAAACAAGGAUCGUAGGAUGUUCUCCUGUCGUCUCCUGAAGAACCUUCAUGACCGUGACUCUCCUGACAGACCUGAACAUCUGCUCCUCACCGAGGAACCGUCCACGGCCUCCAAGGACCUCAACACAAAUGCAUGAAAUUUAGUUAUUUAUAUAAAUCAUCACAUCCGGUUUCUGUUUCAUUCACUUAUU